CACACAUUUGUAUGUCAAAACUUAAUCAGAAUUGAAUUUAAGAAAAAGAAAGAAAGAAAUGGGAUCAGUUAACGUUGGAAUAUUGGUGAUAGGGAUCUUUUGUUUGCUGUCUUUGGUUCAUGGAAGAAAUGGAGGUGGACGAUGGAUAACUGACGCCCAUGCUACUUUCUAUGGCGGCCCCGACGCUUCUGGUACUUCAGGUGGAGCAUGUGGAUAUGGAAGUGGGUUUGAUUAUGGGACUAUAACGACGGCAUUGAGUCCAGCGUUGUACGACAAUGGGCUAAGCUGCGGUGCUUGUUUCGAGGUUAAAUGUAUAAAUAACCCACAAUGGUGCCUUCCCGGCUCCGUCGUUGUCACCGCCACCAACUACUGUCCUCCCGGCGGUUGGUGCGCCCCUUCCCUCCACCAUUUUGAUCUCUCCCAACCUGCCUUCCAAACCAUUGCUAAUUUCAUUGGUGGGGUCGUUCCUGUUGCUUAUCGCAGGGUUAACUGCGGAAGGAGAGGAGGAAUAAAGUUUCAAAUAAGUGGGAAUCCAUAUUUCAAUUUGGUACUGAUAAGCAAUGUGGGAGGUGCUGGAGAUGUUCGUGCUGUUUAUAUCAAAGGGGGUAAGGGUAGGCCUAAUUCUUGGAAGGCAAUGACUAGAAAUUGGGGUCAAAAUUGGCAAAGCGAUGACUACCUUGUUGGAAAACCCUUGUCUUUUAAGGUCAUUACUGGUGAUGGUCGCUCACUUGUGUCUUCCAAUGUUGCCCCUCACGAUUGGUCAUUUGGACAAACCUAUAUUGGCAGACAGUUCUCUUGAAGAGAAACACUUUGGUUUAGAUCAUAUAUAUCAUCGUAUAUUUUGUAGUUUAAAUGUAGAUUUAGAUACUUGUUUAAGUUUGGGAGUGAGGUCAUUGUUACCAUCGUAUUGUAUUGAAUUGCUCCAAUCUUUGAAAUAAACUGUCAAUAAAACCCUUCUUCUUAUUGUUUCUGCA